AUGACGCCAUUGCCGGCGAAGGCUGACAUGAGUGCCAAGGAGAAACUCGAACAGCUGAAGAAGCAGCGAGGUGAAAACAUAGCUAGACUUGCUGCUCCUCAGAGAAGCUACCUGAGCCCUAAUGGUCCAGUGACGCCUAAUGUGACACCAACGGUUUCGCCAAUGGAUAGUAUAAUGACUGCCAACGCGCGCCGAAAAAUUAGCUUGAAGCCAGGACAUUCGCCAUUAGACUGGGAGACAAAGAAGAAGACUUCAAACAUGAAAGGAUGCAUUGAUCCUAGGGAUUUUCCAUUGCGAGUGACAAAGGAGGAGCUGAACAAACAUAAUAAAGAGCAUGAUUUUUGGAUAUGUCUAAAUCACAAGAUCUAUAAUCUAUCACCGUAUCUUGAUUAUCACCCUGGAGGUGUUGAGGUUUUAAUGAAGUGUGCAGGAAAAGACGGGACAUUUCUGUUCAACAAAUAUCACAGAUGGGUGAACUACGAAAGGAUCCUAGACGCUUGUUUUAUAGGUUUUCUGGUCUGA